AUGACACCGUUGAUGAACGGCAGGAUCAGGUUGAUUCCGCAGGAACCUAAGAACGACCACACCGAGUCCGCAGUGAUUUCCGGUGGGUCUGGAAGCUCGGCUCCGUCGGCCGCGACCGACUGGGGAUCCAAGUCCUGGGCCGUCUGUUUGGCUUCCUCGUGGAACUGGUCGAGGUCCUGGCUUUCCUGCUGGGUGAUCACAUCCGGAUGCUCAGUGGCUUGUUUGUGGGCCGUGCCAAUAUCUGUGGCUAAGUUCACAAGGUCGUCUAAAUCUUGGUGGUCCAAACUCAUUGUUUGA